AAAAAGGAGCUCAAGGAGAGUUUUUGAAGGCGGCACAUCUGGGUCUCGGGGCUGAGGUGAAGUCUCGGCUCGGCUGAUGCGAUGGAUCGGUGUCCUCCGCCGAGGCUGAAGCUGAUGCUGACGGUCGCGCUCCUGCUCGGGUCCGCCAACACCGCCUGGCUGCACGGAAACCCACUCACAGGGGUGGCCGCCCAUCUCCACUGUGUGAACGAUUACCUGCAGAUCAUCAACUGCACCCUGAGCAUCCCACCACCAGACAACGCUUCAGACAGCAACAGCUCCUACUGGCUCACUUUCACAGAGAAGUCUUAUCAAGAACUGGAUGUGUGUUCACUGACCAACACGGACGGGAUUUACUUCUGCUCCUGCAAUAAAUCCCAGUCCGUGCCCGACGACAGCGUCUUCACUGACCUGGACGUCUACGAGAUCUCCCUUUGUCACGAGCAAAAGGACGGGACCGAUGUCUGCGAGAUGCUGAACGAUGCAUAUUUGCCCAGCAAAAACAUUAAGCCAAACCCGCCGUGCUGCCUCACGGUCCUCCACAACUCAAGCCAGCACCACUUCACUUGGAAAAGCACCUACGAGGAAUACAGCUCUCUCACCAGUCUGCCCGACAGCCUCCAGUACCAGCUGUAUUACUGCGAGAGAGGAGGCAAACACAAGGGGACUGAAAUUAACACGGAGAGCAAGAGCUAUUCUGUGGAUGAUGACCAUCUCAUGCCGGGCACUGAGUACGUUGCCCGUGUUCGCUCCAGUCCCACUCAGGGGACUUUCAAGGGGGAGUGGAGCGACUGGUCCUCCGAGGUCCACUGGAGGACCGGGCCAGCCGUGGCAGCUUCUACGAAAUACACUGUACCUGAUCCGGUUUCCAAGCUCGGUAUGGUGCUCAUCUUCACGUGUGUGAUAGUGUCAUCAGCGCUACUUGUUUGCUACGUCCAUGUUAAAAAGUGGCGGGAAAGUGUCUUCAUCCCAACUCCUGCUCCCUACUUCCAGACACUUUACAGUGACUGCCAGGGAGAUUUCAAGAGCUGGGUGGUCGCGCGAGAACAAGCGGCAGAAGACAUGCUGAAAGCGGAGGAAACGCUCCAAGUCGACGCCCUGAUGAAGUGCGUGGACGUCCAGGAGGAAGGCCGUCCGCUCCAGUUCCCCCACCAGCCGAUGGAGGGCAGCGGCUACACCAACUUGACCUCCCUGGCGCGCGACAACGCCCUCCUGGGCUUCCCCUACGCCGUGAGCACCAUGGCUCCGCUGUCGGCUCAAGAGAGGCUGCUGAAGAGCCUGAGCCUCGAGUUCGGGAGCUGCGACGGAGACUCCGGGUGUUGGCUCAGCAGUGACACGUUCAUGGAGAGGGACCCUCCCUGGUACUGCAACGAGUACUGCACCCUGAGCGCCUUCCAGCAGUCUGGGUCCACCACGGCACAGCAUCAAGGCAGCUUCCCUACUAAAUCCUUUUCAACGGAGGCCAUCGGAGUGGAGUGAAGCAUAAAAAUGUGUGUUUACAUGUAGCAACCUGGAUAAUGUAACUUCCAAUACCGUAGGGGCCAAAUAUUAAGCUACACAAGAAGAUGCUGCAGCAACAAGUGAAAUACUCAGUUCAAUUACCGCAGUACUUACAUGUGCACCAAUCAGCCACAGCACUGUAACCCGCCUGACUUAAUAUUGUGCAGGUCUCCAGAAAGUUGUGACUCAUCGGGGGAAAAAGUUCCCGAAGAUAGGCCGGGUCAAUACAUUGGGCUAUUCUUCAUGUGUUCAUGUGCUCAUAUCUCAGUUAAAUCCACAUAAACACCAGGACCAAAGGUUCACCAGCCCCACUGAGAUCAGUGGUUUUAAUGUUCUGGCUGAUCCGUGUCGAUUUUGCUAUUAAGGUGUUUGGUCACCGGUUCUUAUCUUUGUAAAUUGUUAUUUUCCCACAUAUUUACACGCUGAAACAUGAACUCCAUAACUUUUUACUUGUGUUAAAUAUCUAAAUUAUGUAACACCUGUACAAACAAAAUGUGCCUCAGACAGACUGGAAUGUAACUGUAUGGAUUAUUUUCUUCAACGUGGACAGGCCAACGAGAGCUCGGUGUAAGUUCUUACUCCUUCAAUAAAAAAGGACAGGAAACCUUUUGUAGAAAGUUUUAUUAUUAAGCCAACACAUACAUGAACAAAGCACCAUAUAACCUUAAAGUCUGAUACAGAAGUAAGCCUACCUGCCUCCGUCACUGUGGCCAUUUUUAUUUAUUCCAUAGCAAACACUCUGAAUAACAAAAAGACAGCCAAGGCAGCAGAUUCUAUCGUAUAUUACAGCAUGCUGAAUAGAAAACCUGGGAAAGAGAAUUAGACAGAGCCAUCUAGAGACACUAGUGAGAUACAACAGUAUAAAAGUGCCAUUCAUUAUACAGCAGUUGAAAUACUGACAAUGAAAUAAGCUAAUUUUACAUUAAAUUUAUGGAAAACAAGAAGAGAAA